CCAGGGGCCGCCAUUUCCGUUUCACCACGUUUCGACGUUUCACACUUCCGUCUUUGUGCGACCGAUUGUAUUGUUGUGUUUAUAGAGCGUAUACAUAGCUUGUGCAUCUGUUCCGUUCUUUUUUCGUGAAAUUCUGGAGUUUGGAGUUCUGGACACGGUAAUGGAGACAACACUGUCGGAAGAGAAAAAUGUGCCUGGGCAGGUGCAGGGGACUCAACUGUGCGAGUCCGCAAAACAGUGCAGCGGUACAGGUGGUGGGCAUGCAGCAUCACAGGCUGAUCGUGAGCGGUGCCUCAUCUCUUUUGACACCUGGCCAGAAGAAGUUCAGACACAGUUUGUUGAGGCGCUGCUAGCGCGCAUGUCUCACUGCCAGCAUUCGCGCAUCAGCACUUUCCUGAGGCCAAUGCUGCAACGUGACUUCAUUUCCUUACUGCCGAAGAAGGGGCUGGACCAUGUUGCUGAAGCAAUCCUGUCAUACCUGGAUGCACGAAGCUUGUGUGCCGCUGAGGCUGUCUGCAGAGAGUGGCGCCGUGUUGUGGCUGAGGGUGGCCUGUGGCGCAAGCUGAUGGAACGACGUGUUUCUACGGAUCCCCUGUGGCGUGGCCUGGCUGAGAGGAGGGGUUGGAUGCAGUACCUGUUCAAGCCACCGCCAGGCGAGCCACACCCUGACCACAUGUUUUACAGGCGUUUGUAUCCACGCAUCAUCCAAGACAUUGAGAGCAUAGAGAACAACUGGAGGUGUGGAAGGCACAACCUUCAACGUAUAAACUGCCGCUCUGAGAAUUCCAAAGGUGUCUACUGCCUACAAUAUGAUGACACUAAGAUUGUGUCUGGCCUGCGAGAUAACACAAUCAAGAUUUGGGACAGGGCAUCCUUGCAAUGUGUCAAGGUGCUAACAGGUCACACAGGCUCUGUACUAUGCCUGCAGUAUGAUGACAAAGUGAUAAUAUCUGGGUCCAGUGAUUCUACUGUCCGGGUUUGGGAUGUGAAGACGGGUGAAAUGGUUAAUACCUUGAUCCACCACUGUGAGGCUGUGCUCCAUCUGCGCUUCAACAAUGGCAUGAUGGUCACCUGCUCAAAAGAUCGUUCCAUUGCUGUCUGGGACAUGGUGGCCCCUCGCGAGAUCAACUUGCGGCGGGUGCUCGUUGGCCACAGAGCUGCAGUGAAUGUAGUGGACUUUGAUGAACGCUAUGUGGUGUCUGCUUCAGGAGAUCGCACUAUCAAAGUUUGGGGAACACCAAACUGUGAGUUCGUACGAACCCUCAAUGGCCACAAGCGUGGAAUUGCCUGCCUGCAGUAUCGAGAUAGGCUUGUGGUUUCUGGCAGCUCUGACAACACUAUCAGGCUGUGGGACAUUGAAUGUGGUGCUUGCCUGCGUGUGCUUGAAGGCCAUGAAGAACUGGUGCGCUGCAUCCGCUUUGACACCAAGCGCAUAGUGUCCGGUGCUUAUGAUGGCAAGAUCAAAGUGUGGGACCUAGCAGCAGCCCUGGACCCUCGAGCACCUGCAGGAACACUCUGCUUGCGCACUCUUGUGGAGCACAGUGGCCGAGUGUUCCGGCUGCAGUUUGACGACUUUCAAAUUGUAUCGUCAUCUCAUGAUGACACCAUCCUCAUCUGGGACUUUCUACACCUGCCAUCGGAGGCUGCAUCAUCUCCCUUGCCACCUCGCACCUACACCUAUGUAAACAAGUGACAUCCACCGUCCCCUGGGGAAGGCGACUCCUGAGGUCCUGGCUGUUUCUCUACUGGACCCUCCAGCCAUGCAUGGCUUCUACCUCUGCUUGGCCAUGUGAAGCUUUUGGGUGUUAUGUGGGCUGUCCUCCAAAAAGCCAGGUCUUCUUCCUCUUUGUGUUGUUGUUUGCCAUGGUUAUUGACUGUCCCUGCCAGCCUUGGUUAUGGCACCAAGGAAGCUCCUUCUAACGCUAAACCUGUGGGGAUCGGACUUUUUGCUUUGUGAUAGUUCCGUGACAGGUGUGGUGCUGGUAUGAUGUGGACAGCUGUGUGUUGUGUGCAGCAGCAAGCAAAGUACCAUCAUUGGUCCCAUUGAUGCUCAGAGCUUAUCAAGAAAGAUGCUGUCCUUGAUGGUGUUCAUUGUAGGCCACUGUAGAUACAGCAGCUUCCUAACCAUCUGGCUUUUGGGUGUUGCUUCUGGCGUGAGUGACAAAGUAUUACUAGGCUUGCCUGGACACAUGGUGGAGUUCGCUCCACAACCUGCUUUCAACCACGACUUUUUUUUUUCUUUUGUUCGAACCUUCCAUCUUGGUAUCCUAAUGCUGUGGAAGUGAAGCAGCUGUAUAGGAUUGCUGUUCCCUGCUGAGAAUGUGGACGAGUAGGCAGUUGCUGAAAAACAAGGGUGGGGUGUACAUGACUACUCUCUGCAGCUGUGGCAACUGUUCUGCUUUGUCGCAUGCUGCAGUGAUCGUGCGUUGGUUUUCGAACCAAGACUCUGCAGGUUUGUCCUGUUUGUGUGCUGGAGCAUGGUCAAUGUUUUUGUUGUGUUUACCAAAAAAAAAAAAAAAUUGGUUAUCAGCUGCAUCUGUGCUGUGAGUGUGUCCACACCAUGUGAGUGCAUGUGUGUGAUGUCUGUGCAGGUGAUGCUGCAUCAUGUUGUCACUCCUAGAAAAGUUUGUUUUGAAUGGUGACGCAAACUUUUCACUCAAGGUGCAAUUGCUGUUUGCCAGUGCCCAUAGUUCAUGGCAGGAGCCCUGAGUGUUGGUGAAAACUUAUCAGUGGACCUCUUCUAUCGGCAGCUUCAGACUUUGAGGGGUAUUUAUUUAGUAUGGGCUCUGCUAGCAAAUUUGUUUGAAGUGAUCACCUUGAUGAGAUAUUUGCCUGCAUUCCAAAGCUGCUUUAGGAAGCAAAAAGUUGUAGCAUUUUGAUUGUAAAUAAAUGAUGUUGCCGGUAGGUGACUUCUUUUAUGAGUUGAA